GAAAAGACCUGAAGCCGAACUGCCGAAGACUCUACCAACCGUCAAUUAACAGCCGUCACAACAUCUCCACUCUCAACUUCCCCACAAAACAAACCGAAAUUACAGGAAAAAAAGGAACCUUUAAUCCAACCCAUCUUCAACUUCUGCCGAUUCUCGCAAAGGGUUUCUGCGUUUGAAGUUUUGAUCAAGCAAAAUUUUGGGGGAAAAUGAGCGAUUUCAGUGGAGCGGAGGAGCGAGAUUAUGUUUCCCUGCGGAAUCUCAAAGUGGAUUUCACAAGGGAAGACGAUGGGGAAGAGGGAGAUGGAUGUUUUGCGCUCUGUUUCUGGAUUUACAUUGAUGAUUGUGCUUCUUUCCCCUCUUCCGUUCUGGUUCAGAAGCAUCCAGAUGUCGAUUGUAAUCCGCCUUUCUUGUACUUGGACGACGAGAAGAAAAUGAAGCUCUUUCAGUUGCUGUUUAUGUACAAAGAGGCUCUAAAUCCCGACAAUCGUAUUCCCUUGACUGAUGUUCCAUGUAUUACCACUGAGGCUGAGUUCCCUAUGAAGAAAUGGGUUCACGUUGCGUGUGAGGUCUCGAGGGAUCUUAUGAGGCUUCACGUAGAUGGAGAAAUUGUCGGAGAAAAUCCUUUGACCUGCUCAGUUAACAAGGACUUGCAUGAAGAGGGAUUGAAAAAUAUAUGCUUGACAUGCCCCGAAGAAAAUAAAGAUAAAUUACAUGGCUAUGUUCAUGGGCUUGGUGUCCUGUUCCGUGAACCGUCUAUUAAAAACCACUAUGUCAAGGAUCCUCCGUUAUAUCUGGCAAUUGACCAAUCAAGUGCAUCGGAGAUUGAAGAAGGCAGUGACAGUGUGUGGAGCAUCGUUGGGGGCAAGGCAUCUUGCCGCAGGAUAUUUUCUCUGGACGUUGUGCUAUUGGAUGCAUUUGGUGGUCCAGUGAGCAAAGAACUCGAGGCUGUCGCUUCUCUCCUCUAUGCCGACAGUGGUGUCCCUGUUGAGAACACUACUGAUGCGGAACCUCCCCUUCUUAUGAACUGUGAUGGUAUUGAAUAUGCUUCUCAUGAGAGACCGUGCAAACUGAUCAACGGGCGUGCCUCUGUUAAGCUCAAGAUAUCACAGCUUUCUUCGAAGUGUGACAACAGGCUGUUCCAGAUAAAGUUCAACGUUCCAAGAUUGGGAAAUUACCCUUUUCUUGAGACCCUAUCUCUGCCUAUUCGCUGUGUUUCACGUGGCAGGAGUGCAAGAACAGCUUCUAUUACGCUGAGAAAGUCAUCCAGUAGAACUUACUAUGGUAAUGGAUGUGAAUCGCCUAGUCCUGAUGAUGGAUCAAUGCAACUUAUCACCAAUAUUGUUCGUGAAGCCAAACCAAGUCCAUCAUCAAAGCGGAUCAAAUUAGGACAAGAUGUGCCGUUUGUGAUGUUCAAAGAAGAAGGUAGGCAAGCCAAUAAAGUUCACCACUCUCGUGCUUGGACUGCUAAUCAGGGCAACGCACAUGCAAGGAGUAUGAAGAGGAAACCGGAAGAUCAUUGUGGAACAGAGAACAAUUCAUGUGCUUCUGAUAAUAGCGAAGCAACAAACUCUGACCCGAGAAGCGUGCUCAGUGUUCCGAGUCCGAUCUCAGAUUUGAUAAUAUUCAAAUACUGCCUGGGUGGUCCAGCGGAGAAAUGCCAUCUUCUCAAGGAAAUUGCUAUUCCAGCUUCAGAAGAGCAACUAGCCGAUUUUGCAAAGCAGGUUUCCCUGUUCUCUGGAUGCUUACAUCACAGGCAUCAAAUCAAAAUGGCGAAGAGAUUGGUCGAGGAGGGGAUUCAAGUCUGGACGUCAGUAUCAGGGAACAACCACCACGUUCUAUGGGAGAAUCUCGUUUUCAUCAUUAAUGAACAAUUCAUGAAGAUAGCCUGCUCUACUCGUCCUUUAAUGGAUCAGGACCUUGAGUGCUUGAGGAGAAUAGCAGGCUGCCAGGAUGUCGUGUUGGUGAUUGAUUGCCACUGUGUGUUGAGAUGUUGCAGAGUGGUAAGAAGUGAGUAG